UGCAUGCCCUGCGGCCCCGGGAACAGAGGCAACUGCUUCGGCCCCGGCAUCUGCUGCGGCGCGGAGCUGGGCUGUUACCUGGGCACGGCUGAGACCCGGCGCUGCGCCGAGGAAGACUACCUGCCUUCACCCUGCCAGGCCGGCGGGCAGCCCUGCGGCUCCG